AUGCACGCUGGAACGGCGCAGAACAGCGCCUGGCGACUAAGGCCACGGAAUUGCCUGUGUGACGACGGUCCCAGGUGGCCUGAGCGAGGACGCUCGCUGGACAGCCAGGCGAGGAUACUCGCGGAAUGGCUAAACGAUGACGGUCGUGGAUCGGCCAAGGCGACUACGUCGCGGGAGGUCUUGCUGCACGCUGGCGACGCGUGCUGGAAUGGCGCAGAACAGCAUCGGGCGACUAAGGUCGCAGGUGGCCUGAGCGGGGACGCUCGCUGGACAGCCAGGCGAGGAUGCUCGGGGAGUGGCUGGGCGACGACGGUCGCGGAUCGAGCUGGCGAUGGGGUCGCGGAAGGUCGAAGAUGCGCGAAGUUGCGCGAAGUUGCGCAGAGUCGUGCGUAACCGCGUCGGCAAGGAAGAAGUCGUGCCACGACAGCUCUUGAUGCGCUGAAGAUGUUCGUCAAAAUGUGCAGCAGGCGCAGGAUGGAACGAACGAUGCCAGAACAACGGGACACCUGAGGCGCGCGACAUGGCGUCGGUCGGGCGGUGAACGCGUGCGCAGUGAAGGCUCACGCAUGGCAGGGUGUGAUCUCGCGCCGCCCAGCGAGAUGCGCAGCUGCAGGGCCUGCGUUGGAUGAUUGUGAAGGAGGCCUAGGCACUGGAGGACGUGCGAUGGCCUCGGGGACAACGCGGGGAGGCCCUGACACAGAACGUACGCGGCGCUGGCACGGAGCGGGUGUAACGGACGCUUGGAACACAGGUGCCGUGCGCUGGAGAGACGCAGAUAGCAUCUGGCGUGGAAAGCAGCGUGCGAAUUGCGGUAGCACGUGUUGGAACCAUUCCCAGUUAGUGGCAGUUCAUUGA